AUGACCUCGUACCAGCUUGAUCCAGAUGUUGUUCGGUGGGGCCUUCACCUUAUAGAUUGCUCUCCAAUGAAUGGUGGUACUCCUAAAACUAUUACUUGUUAUGACAAGGACAUGUCUCGAAUUGAGCAUGUGGAGGAAGGUUAUUGUGAAGCAACAGACUCCAUUGCAGAGAACGAUGAAGUGAUUGCUCAUGCUCUUCAGGAAGAGUUAUCAAGACUUCGAACUGCUGAGGCAUCAGGAUCCACAUGUGCUGAAGAUCAAGAUCAGCAAGCCUCUAUUCUUGCUCAGGAUUGGUUUGGUUCUUCAAGAAAGCAUUUUUAUCAUGAUGGAGCGGGAAUGGUUCCCGAUAACCGUGGGGCAUUAUUUGCCAUGGGUGAGGAACAGGAUGUCUUUCUCGAGAUAGAAGAUGAAUCCACCCUUGAUGGUGAAUGGGGCAGAAGGCUGAAUGAGAUGGUUCCAGUACCUCAUGUUCCUAAAAUUAAUGGAGAAAUUCCAUCUGCUGAUGAUGCCAUGUCAGAUCAUGAAAGGCUGCUCGCCAGAUUGAAUUUAUAUGACCUGGUUGAACUAAAAGUUUCGGGGGAUGGUAAUUGCCAGUUUCGUUCAUUAUCAGAUCAAGUAUAUGGUACUCCUGACCACCAUAAAUUAGUGAGAGAACAAGUUGUCAACCAGCUGAAGUCAUAUCGAGAGCUGUAUGAAAAUUAUGUUCCCAUGGGUUAUGACGACUACUUGAAGAAAAUGAGCAAGACAGGGGAAUGGGGGGAUCAUGUCACAUUGCAGGCUGCUGCAGAUGCGUAUGGUGUCAAGAUAUUUGUCAUUACGUCGUUUAAGGAUACCUGCUAUAUUGAGAUUCUUCCACAAACUCUGAAGUCAAACAGAAUGAUAUUUUUGAGCUUCUGGGCUGAAGUGCACUAUAACUCAAUAUAUCCGGAAGAAGAAUUUCCUGUAGUAGAGAGCAAGAAAAAGAAGAAGUGGUGGAAGCCAUGA